AUGCAUUCGAACUCAACAAAGUCAGCCAGGAGCGCGCGAUCAGACUCGAUAGGAUCGUACUUGUUUGAAGACCAUUCCAGGUCAUCUACCCGAUCCACCCAGAGAGAGCGUUCCAACAGCUCGCCGUUAGCAAGGAGUAUUGCUGAUCAAGAUGUCCGCGAUCGCUCGCAAUCAGAAAGUGACAUGAUGUACUAUCUGCAGUCAAGUCCUCAGACGCCGCCUAGUUAUCUGUCGCUUCCUCCUGGAGGAUGUCCCCAUUACCCAGUGUUCGCAAAUCCUCGCGAGGGCAACGAAUCAUUACCCUCUUACUCACCCACAGUGUACAAAUUAGCGAUUCUGCCACGGAAACAGGAGUGGCUUUCGCCGUACGAGGCUGCUCCACAACGCCAGUGGAAGGAUGUCAUUGUGGAGUUGAACUCCACCCAACUGAACAUCUAUGCGGUAGAGCCAAGUGAUCCAAAAGACACCAAGAAAAGCAAGCCGCUGAUGGGCGAAGAGUCUCCCAGUUCUGACUACAAGUCAUGCAAGCGGUACAGUGUUUAUAAUUCUGCUUUUACAGGCGAAGUCGACCUUCAAAACCUGUUGAACUUCAAGUCCAAUCACAUGGUGGGCACAGCCACAUUGCUCAAACCCUACUCGCUUCAGCACGCAAAGCUGGGCGUCGCUGUCGACUACAAGAAACGCAAACAUACUCUUCGAUUGCGGUGCGAAACCGAGCAGUUUUUGCUACAAUUUGGUGGCAUCCAGGAGAUGGUAGAUUGGUACUUUUCGCUGGCAAUUGGGAUCGACAACUCGCUAGAUCUCUCUGCUCGCGAAAUGCCACGUUACAGGACUGUUCCUCGUCGCAGAAGGCUGCGUAAUACGGCGGACAUGGAGCUUCUGUUGAGACGUCACCGCCAUUAUUCGCCGCAAGAGGUUGCCAAUUUGUUCCGUGCCAGGAGAGGCUCAGCUCCGGAGUUACGCCUCGGUGUCAAAUCAACGCUUUCGCUGCUUAAGUCGAAAUUCUCUUCUUCUUCCUCCAGUUCCAGACGCCAGUCUAGCGAUAGUCUUGCAUCGCUGGUAGAAGUACAGACACCACCCUCUCCGGCGCCGGAGGAGGUGAUCACGUCGUUGGACCUGUUAAUCCUGGAUGACGAUGACAUUGUGGACGACGACAGGACCAGUGACAUGGGGGCGAGUGUGGCUGUCUCACGUGAUAGUAUCGACGUCGAUUUGGAUGAUUUAGAGGUGGAGCUGGACGAUUUGGAUGAUGAAGAGAGCAUCGUUGACUCUGAAUCAGCCCCAGUGGUUCGCAGCACGCCUACAAACUCCUCAUCAUGCUCAACUCCGAGCUCCAACCACUCUAACACUACCACAUUUGACUACGUUCCAUCCCGGGCUAGUUCGGAAACAUCUCAUUCUUCUGCGUUGUCCGAGAAAUGGACACCCAGGUACGACGAUCUCCCCAGCUCUAAAAAGAUGCUGAGAGAUGCUAUUCGGUGCAUGCAAGUGCUUAUGGCCAAUGACCGCUGGUCAGGCCGUAAACUGGUGAAGGACUUCACCUCCUUUUCUUCUCGUGGAGACUCAACGGCUAUUCCCUACCACCAUUCCGAGUUUAGGCCACUCCAAGAGUUCGUCGUUAGCCCCCAGGGGCUAAUUCCUUGCAACCAGAGUCUAUGA